AUGCAGAGAAACUUGUGCAAGAAGUACGGGGCUGCCGUGUGCAAAAUACUGGUGCUAAAACUGCUGCUUGGAUUAAAAAUUCAGACAAAAACUGUAAUGUCUGAUAUUACGGUGGCUGAAAAAGGGCUAAUGAAAUGGCAAUACCAGAAAACGUCCGAAUCGAAGAUACGCAAGUUGAAAAAAUUAAGAGACAAAGAUUUACUGUUUGAAGUGCAGCGCCUGUGGAAGAAGAAGGCAGCAGUAGUUCUAAAGGUGAUUGGGGACGUUGGCACAAAGCCGAGAGGAUUGGAAAGGCAUGUAAAGGGCACUAAUAUCAUUAUCGACUGA